UUUACUGUGGGACUCGAAACACCCUGAAUACUAUAACAAACACAAGAGAGAAGACUUGUGGCGCGAAAUAUCGCUAUCAAUGAAUGUUUCUGUAAAAGAUCUGAAAAAGAAGAUGACGUCUCUGUUGGGCUCUUACCGACGUGAAAGGUCAAGGGAAAAGAAAAGUCAAGUUACAGGAUCUGGCCAAGGAGAUGUUUACAAGUCACAAUGGUUUGGAUAUACAUUGUUUGACUUUCUUUCUGAUAAGGACACGCCAAAUGACACAUUCGAUACAAUGGAGAAUGCUAAUACGCAAAGGGGUCCUGAGGAAAAUCGAGAAGAAUCAUACAAUGAUGAAUCUAUUGUCGAUGAACCCGCAACGGUCGAAGAUGAACCACCGGCGUCUACAAAUACAACAAUGGCGUCUGUAACUGCAACGGCGGCGUCUACGAGUACAGCGACGGCGCCUACUUCUAACAUUUCCCAAGCUAGGAAAAGAAAACGUCGUAAUGAUGCUGACAACGCACAAAAUGAAAUGCUACUUGAUGCAUACUCCAUUUUGAAAAAGACAUCGGCUACUCCUACUGACCACUAUGAAACCUUUGGAAUGCAUGUAGCAAGUGAACUGAGGAAAUAUGACUCCAACACUUUACCUCAUGUGAAGAGGGCAAUAUCAGAUGUGUUGUUCAGAGCAGAUAUUGGAGAAUUUACCCCCAAUCACAACGUCCUUAAUACUUAUGGGUACUACAGUUCUUUCAGUACGCCCACACAGCGCAACGUGCUAGUUGGCACGUUGCCUGCACAUCACAACUGGCACGUUGCCAGCACCCAUGCAGCACAUGAUCUGCACCUCCCCAGCACUUAA